CGUGGGUUUUCUGUCGCCCAGAGCGUCCCGGUGGGCGCAGCCGUCGCCAUGCUGUGCUAUGGGGACGGCCUGCUGAGCUCGCUUACGGCGCUGCUGGGGGCGGCGCUGGCACUAAGCCGCAGCCCGGUGCUGGCCUGCCUGGUGACGGCCGGUUUCUACCUGGUGCUGCACCUCUUCAGCCUGGAGCCCGCCGCGCCUCAGAGCGCCCAGCGCGUCCUGCGGCCCCACGGCACCGCCGCCCGCAUCGCCCACCGCGGCGGCGCGCACGACGCGCCCGAGAAUACGCUGGCAGCCAUCCGACAGGCAGCUGAGAACGGAGCAACGGGUGUUGAGCUGGAUGUUGAAUUUACUGCAGAUGGUGUUCCCAUCCUAAUGCACGAUGACACAGUAGAAAGGACAACUGAUGGCUCCGGACGACUGCAGGACUUGACUUUUGAUGCAGUUAGGAAGCUCAAUCCAUCUGCAAAACAUCGGCUGUGGAGCAAAUUCCAGGGUGAAAAGGUGCCAACUCUGAGAGAAGCUGUUGUGGAGUCUAUGCAGCACAAUCUUACCAUCUACUUUGAUGUCAAAGGCCAUGCAAAUCAGGCAGUGGAGGCCCUCAGACAGCUCUACCUGGAAUUCCCGCAGUUGUACAACAGCAGCGUGGUUUGUUCUUUCCUGCCAGAUGUUGUUUACAAGAUGAGACAAGCUGACAGAAACGUGGUGACAGCUCUCACACACAGGCCUUGGCACCUGAGCCACUUUGGAGACGGGACGCCCCGUUUCAGUUCCUUCUGGAAGCAUUAUUUGUACAUGGUGAUGGAUGUCAUCCUGGACUGGAGCUUACACAGCUUCUUGUGGCGGUUCUGUGGGGUUUCAGCUUUCCUCAUACAGAAAAAUUUUGUUUCUCAAGAGUACGUCAGGCACUGGGCUUCCAAAGGAAUUCAAGUGGUUGCCUGGACAGUGAACACAUUUGCAGAAAAGAGCUACUAUGAAACUGUCCUGGAAUCCAGCUACAUCACAGACAGCCUGGUGGAAGACUGCGAUCCUCAUUACUAGACCUGUGCCCUUCAGACACUCAACCAACCUCAACCAGCUCUCUUACGUGGGCAGCUCAGGCCCCACCAUCCAGAGGGAUGCAGCCAGGGAAAAGGAAGAGCUGCAGUUAUAUUUCUGCUGCAAGGUCACAUCUUGG